AUGACAGUAGCUAAUAUUAAUGAAGAGGAAGUUGAAAAAGAAAAACGAAAGACUGUUGUUUCGGCUAUCAAUAUAGACUCGGAAUCCAUUGUAACUACUUUAGCAUCCAGAAUUUCGAAGUUUUCUAAGAUAAUCAGAGUUGUAGCAUGGUUGUUACGCUUCCAACCAAAAGCUAAAGAUUUAAGAAAGAAUGUUGAUUUAACGCAAGAAGAAAUAAGAAAUGCACAAAAGACUCUUCUGCGGUCAGUACAAAAAGAGUGCUUCAAUGACGAAGAAGGUAAAAAAUCUUUGAAAAACUUUCAAGUGUUUUCAGAUCAUGAGGAGAUACUUCGAUUAAAGUCUAGACUUUUGAAUGAAGAUGAAACCCCUGAAUUCAUUGCGCCUUUGAUUCUUCCGUCAAAGCAUCUUGUUGUCACCCGACUUAUUGAACAAGAACACCUGUUGAAUAAACAUGCAGGAACGUCCAUUCUUCUAACAAUCCUGAGAGAGAGAUUUUGGAUUAUAAAAGGUAGAAGAACUGUUCGCUCCGUUAUUGGAGGAUGUGUCACCUGCAAGAGACAAAAGGUUAAAAAUCUUGAAGUACCAUUUCCACCUCUGCCUCCUGAUCGAACUAGAUUAUCGGCUGUAUUCGAAGUGUCCGGUGUCGAUCUGGCCGGACCUUUGAUGACCAAGACUAAUGAGAAGGUUUGGAUCGUCCUUUUCUCCUGUGCUGUGUAUAGAACUGUUCACUUAGAGCUGAUGCCUUCUCUUAGCACAAACGCUUUUGUUCAAGCAUUACGGCGAUUUAUUGCCAGAAGAAGUAGAGUAUCUACACUAUAUCCAGACAAUGGUACCAAUUUCACUGGCCUCAACGCCUCCUUGAAGCGCCUUGAUUGGACCAAAAUCAUGAAAGAAUUUGAAGUUACACAAAUCCAAUGGAAAUUUAAUCCACCCUCCUCCGCCCCAUGGUGGGGAGGAUUCUGGGAAAGAUUAAUCGGAAUUCUCAAAGAUCUCUUAAGAAAAAACUUGGGACGGUGA